UUGAGUUUCAAUGACUUGUGUUCGAGUGGUUGGUGGUUUAUAUGGCGGAGAUUGAUUUGGUUACGCAUAAUAAAACUGUUGGCUCAAAUUUUGUAAAUAUUAGUGUUUUUCUGUAGAAAGUCGAAUUCUGACCCCCAAAGUCUAUUAAAAAAGGAUAUUAAUUCGCAAUAUUUUACACACAUGGGACUUACACUGGUGUAAGCUGUGAUUCCUUUUUAAUCCGCUAUUCUUGACGGGACUAUUGUAAUCUUUAAAUUAGAAGUAGGUGAUAUUUUGAUUACGACAAUAGAUAUUAAAAAGAGGAGAUGGAUACGAGCCAAGCCGAGCAACCCCCUCAAACCAACGGGGUGUCAGACAUAGACGAAGAGGAAAGAGCGAAAAUGCGACCGGUCGACAUAGACGCGGACGUAAGGGAAAUGGAACGUAGAAAACGAGUCGAAAUGAUUAUGAACAGCAAACUAUUUAGAGAAGAACUAGAAAGAAUCAUCGAGUCGCAACUGAAAGAAGGUUCCGGUCCCAGCGGGCUUCUGCAACAAAUUUCCGACAUGGUAGGAGUCAGCAAACAAGGCGGCAACGUCUUCAAGAGUUCGAAUUGCGUUAUACCCGUCAAUGAUAUUAGAGGAAUCGAAGCGAUGGGAUAUGCAAAGGGUGAAAAAAUUCUCAGGUGCAAACUCGGUUGUUUAUACAGACUUAUUGACUUGUAUGGAUGGGCGUAUGGCUCAAGUACACUCAUAACUGCCAGGUUAAAUCAAGAUGACGAACAAUUUUUGGUUAACCCAUAUGGAAUGCUUUUCCAUGAAGUCACUGCCUCGAGUCUGAUAAAAGUUGAUAUGCAAGGUGGAGUUAUAGAACAAGGCACAACAAAUUUUUCUGUUAACAUAACAGCAUUUUCUCUACAUGCUGCCGUACAUUCCGCUCGACCAGAUAUUAAAUGUAUCAUACACGUUCACACCCCGGCUGUCAUUGCCGUUUCGUCACUCAAACAAGGACUGUUGCCUUUGAGUCAGGAAUCUGUUGUCAUAGGAGAAGUAAGUGCCCACUUGUAUCUAGGCGGACAUUUGGAUGCUGAAGAGAAGGACAAACUAGCACGCAAUCUGGGACCCAUUAACAAAAUUCUUUUGCUUACUAACCAAGGAGCAUUAUGUUGCGGUGAAACCAUUGAAGAAGCUUUCUAUAACGCCAGGAACACUGUCUUAGCUUCGGAAAUCCAGCUUAAACUUAUGCCGCUGGGCACUGAUAAUUUAAUUGUGAUAAACGACGAAGUCAGAAAAACGAUAUACGAUGCAGCUCAUAGAGCUCCGGAAAGUACGCCGCGACCGGAUCAACCUUCCAUCCUGGAAAGUAAAGUGGAAAGGAAAUGGAGAGUAGGCGGUAUCGAAUUCGAAGCGUUGAUGAGAAUGUUGGACAACGCCGGUUUCCGGACCGGUUACAUUUAUAGACAUCCGUUGGUUAAGGGUGAACCGCCAAAGCCGAAGAACGACGUUGAAGUGCCGCCGGCUGUAUCGUCUUUGGGAUAUUUGUUGGAAGAAGAAGAGUUAUACAGACAAGGACUCUGGAAAAAACUGGAAGGUGGAAGAAAAGGAACGGACAGAAGCAGGUGGUUGAAUUCGCCCAAUACCUAUCAGAAAGUAGAAAUUUUGGAAACCGGUACAACAGACCCUAAAAAAAUAACCAAGUGGGUAGCAGAUGGAUCUCCUAAUCAUUCGACUGGUACACCAGUAAAAAUAGAUGCAGCUUUACAGUUUGUACCCAAAGGAACAAAUCCGAAAGAAUUUAAACAAAGACAGCAACAGAUAAAAGAUUACAGACGGGCGGACAAAAUAUCGGCGGGACCACAAUCGCAUAUAUUGGAAGGCGUGACGUGGGAGGAAGCGAAAAAAAUGCAGGACGCGACAGUAACGCAAACCGGAGACCACGUAGUUCUAAUGGGUGCAGCUUCGAAAGGUAUCAUUCAAAGGGGCCAUCAACACAACGCCAUGGUUUACAAAUCGCCGUACGCGAAGAAUCCGUUCGACAGCAUCACUGACGAAGAGCUCAACGAGUACAAGAAGGUUGUGGAAAAGAAGACCAAAGGAGAAUACGACACAGACUACAGUGAAUCAGAAGGUCUUUCAUCUGCAGCUUUAAACAAACGCAUUGAAGACAUGCACAUUAGGUCACCAACUUCUAUUACUAGUGAAACAGAAGAAGAAAGCCAUGACGAACCACAAAUUUUAAGGAUAGAAACAAAGACAGUACCUAGAGCUAGUCAACCAGAAGUUGUAUUAAGUGAUGGUGGUAAGUUAAGAAACCAACAGCCAUAUAGAACAAAUAGUCAUGCAGGUCAUCCGAAAGGAUCCUAUCUGGAUCCGAAACCCUAUCAUUUUCAUAUCGUAAGAGAUAAUCAAAUCGCCAUUAGUCAUUCGACAACGUUCAUUCAACCUUCAUCGUCCAGUUAUUUCACUUACAAUACUCCCCUGAGAAUAAACAUCCAGAAUUCGAAUACAAUAUCAGUCGACAUAUCUAUUAAUACAAUAAAAAGUUUCAUAGUUCCAUUCGCGACUGCUCUAAAACUGACCACAGUUCCGAUUAAUAACAAAGAAUGCCAAACGAGUUACAUGAACACAGUCGACUAUACACCUUUAUUCAUAAAACGGUGCAAAACUAACUUAGACUCGUUCGAAAAACAAAUUCUCGAUCAGCUGAAACAAAACAUAUUCGAUGAAGCUUCUCAAUACUCGGACACCGAUUCGGAAUCCGAUGUUAGGAAUCUAAAUUCGGAUGUUAAUCAGAUCGUUCAGUUUGAUGAGAACGAUCAGGAAAGGAAUGAAAGCAUUUCGGUACUUACUCCGGAUAUUUUAGCGAUGUUGCCAAGCACCGAAAAUAGUUCUAUCGAAUCUGAUAGCGAGGUCAUCGAUAACGCGAAUGUGUUGGUUAAAAAUGCUGAACGAUUCGUUGGGGAAUUGCGGAAAAUUACCGACGCGCAUUUCGAUGUCGCUGAUGGAGUACUCAACGAAGCUAAAAGUAUUUUACAACGAAUUCCCAAUAACGAUAUGACCAAAAGUUCCGAUGAAGGUAUCGAAGAUUGCACAUUAAUCAACGAAACUGUAAUAGAUGUUGAUGAUACAGCAAGCGAUGCUGUAAACCAUCUCGCUGAUUUAAUUUUGGAGUAUUUGGUACAGCAAUGUUUGGAGGUUAAAGAAAUAAUUCUGUGUCCGGAAAUUUUACAUGACCCCAAUUUGAACAAACUUUUAAAUAAAUUAAAACAGUUGUAUAACGAAUAUUUUGACGAAAAUGUUAACGCCGAACAAAAAAACGAACUUAGAGUAUCGAUAGCUUCUGCUGUAUUGAAAAAAUUAGAAACCGAUGAGAAAAUAAACGGUUCGGGUGAUUCAACAGAAUCAAACACUAUAUCCGAUAAAAUUUUCACAAUUUCGGAAUUAUUAAACGAUAUUUUAGAUAAAUUCUUCGAUUUAAUCGAGAAUAGAAACAAAUUAUUUCAUUCUACCCCCGAAUCCGAAAAAAAAACCCGUCUCAAAGCAGACAACGAUACUUUCGAAAUUACCACUUUCCAUCAAAAAACUUUAAACAAAUCUGGAUCUGAAUUAUAUUGGAUAUCGGUAUCCAGCUCUCCAAAAACUCCUAAAAGGAAUAUUGAAUCGGAAAAAAUUUCGUUCGAUGUUGACGAUAGUUCAUCGAAUAAAUCUACGCGGUUAUUUAGAGAAAACGCUUUGUCUCCUAUUCCCGAAGAAUCGCGUAAUAAAUCUGAAUCUGAAUUGUGUGGUAUCGCAGUAUCGAGCUGUCUUAAAUGGAAUGUCGAAUCGGAAAAAAGAUUAUUUGAUGUUAACGAAAGUUUAACACGUUUUAAAGAUAACGCGUUGUGUCCUAUUCCGGAAGGGCCUAGUUAUAAUCUAUGUAAUAGCGAUCUAGAAGAUGACGAAUUAAAAACGGUUGUAAGUUUUGAAAAUGAUGAAAAUAUGAUUAAUACUUUGACAGAUAGAAGCAAUGAUAACUGUUAUCAUAAACAUAAUGUCAUCGUUAAUAACAAAGUUUGCUUUUGCCGGAAUCCAAACGCGAGUUCUAAUGCGUUUAAAAAUAAGAAAGUCGCUUUGUUUACAACGUGUAGCGAAAAUAAGGAAAACGAGUCGUUGAAUAAUUCUGGUAAUUGGUUGGGCUACGAAGAAGCCAAGUUUUGAUAUUGUUUUUUUUUUUAUUUUUAUUUAAUUUUAUAUUUCAGUGCCAUCUCGCAUUUAAAGAAUUUAUUUGUUGAAAAUUUUUUGUAAAUGUUUCAAUAAAACAUUUAUUCGA